GCAACGAACCGCAUGAGAGAAAACAUGCCACAAUUCCAAUUCCAAUCCGCCAUGAACAACAGAAACGCCCAAAACCCAAACCCCAUCCCUCUAAACGCCAGUACUUUCUCUCUUUAAAACUCGAGUCACAAAAAACCAAGCAUCCCAAAUCCCAUCUCUGUAAAAACCAUCCAUCUUUCUCUUUAAGCUUCAACACUGAAAGUUCAGAGCUGAAAACCCCAAAACCCAUCUCUCUCUUUAAACUGUAAACUAAAAACUAACCAAUGCCACCUCUCUGCAGGGUUCUCUCUCUGUACAUCCUAAAAAUCUCGUCUCUUUCCUACUGUUUGCUUUCUCUCUCUAAAACCGUUCUACCACUCCCACCCCCUCUCCAAAACCUUCCCACCACGCCCACUCAGAUGGGUUAUUCAUUCAAAAAUCUUAACUCUCCUGCUACUCUCUCUUGUUGGGGAAUUGCAUAUUUUUUUGUUUUAUUUCUAUCUUUUUGUAGUUUUUGGUUUUUUGUUGAGAUCCAAAUCCUAAAGUUUUUGGUCUGUUAAGAAUUGAAGAAAAGGGGAACGGUCUGGAUUGGGAAAACAAAGGAGGUUUUUUUAACUAAUAUUGACAGAGCUGUGGGCACAGAGAGUUUACAGAAUUUUAAUUUUCUUUUAUUUUUCAAUUCUAAAAAGUACUGGAAGAAAAUUGUGAAGAGAUUCGGAAUAAAAAAAAAACCAAAGGGCGAGGCCCAAUUGGCCUAACGGAACUUUUAUUGGGUCAGGGUCUUACACAUUUUAUCCGUGUCGGGCGUCCACGUAUGUUUUCGGGUCUACACGUCCGGACCGUUACUGGUCCAGCCCGGAACAAUUAUGGCCUUCAUCGAGCCUAGGGUUGGUCGGGAUGGCCCGGAACAGUUCCGUGCUUCAUCGGACUUCGGUCCGGUCUGGAACAGUUCCUUGCCGGUCCAGCCCGGAACAGUUCUGGUCUUGACCGGGCCUCCACCCGGUCCGGUCUGGGCCCUUCCUAUUGGCAGCCCUAGUAUAGAUACCCCACAGGGCUUGAAAUCUUAAAUAUUUUUUUGCAACCAUAUCGAUUUAAAAGUUUACAAGAAACUGUGGCAUACAUAUAUUGGAGAUUCUUCACCGCCCCUUAUAUGCUCACAUAAUUUUCAAUUUUGUAAAAUGCAACUUCAACAACCGCAAGAACAUGCACAACAAUGAUGGCGACAACAACAGCAGCAACAAUAAUGACAAACUACAACAUGGACGAUAACAACAAAAACAACACCAACAACAAUAACACGAGAACAACAAUGACAAUGUUAAAGAGUGUUGAUGAGCUGAACAAAAUCAAUCAUGUUGAGGUGGAGUGUGUGUUCAUUGGAGCUGGAUGCAACAGACUUGUCAACACUGUUGCUUGGGGUGCAUGUGACUUAGUCGCUUUUGGUGCUCAAAAUGCAGUUGCUAUCUUGUGCCCAAAGAGUGCACAAAUUGUGACUACACUUCCAGGACACAAUGCAGUUGUAAAUUGUACUGAAUGGAUACCUUGUAAUUAUGAUGUUUCUAAAGUUUGGCAUGCCGAUGAGCAUUUUCUUCUUUCUGGAAGUGCUGAUGCAAGUAUCAUCCUAUGGGCAGUCCUCCUUAAAGAAAGAAAGUGGAGGCAAGUCUUACAAAUAGAGAAACCACACCAAAGAGGGGUGACAUGCAUUGCUGGGCUCACACUUUCCCCAUCUCUUGCUUUAUUUGCUUCUACAUCAUCAGAUUGUACUGUUUGUGUAUGGGAAAUUGUCCUUCCAUCUACUGCUGGUGGUGAUUGUAAGUUAACAUGUCUCAGCAAUAUAAACAUGAGCCCAAGGCCAAUGGUUGCCUUGUCUAUGGCAGAGCUGCCAGGAAACAGCGGAAAUGUAGUUUUGGCAAUGGGGGGUCUUGAUAACAAGAUUCAUAUUUAUUGUGGAGAAAGUUCCAGAAAGUUUUCCCUUGCUUGUGAGUUGAAGGGGCACACCGAUUGGAUCAGAGGUUUGGAUAUUUCAUUACCUGUUUGUAUUGGUGGUGAGGAAAGCCUCCUUUUGGCAAGUUCCUCUCAGGACAGAAGUAUACGAAUAUGGAAGAUAGCUUUGCAUAGAGCUUCUGCCAAUAAAAAGGAGAAUGGGCUGGGCUUACAAUCUUACAUUGAAGGUCCAAUUUUUAGGUCUGGUCUUAUCAGGUUUCAAAUUUCUCUUGAAUCCCUUCUCAUCGGUCAUGAAGAUUGGGUAUACUCAGUGGCAUGGCAACCUCCUCUGCAUGUGUCUUUACCAGAAAAUUGUGAGUGGUGUCAGCCUCUGAGCCUGUUAUCUGCAUCUAUGGACAAAACAAUGAUGAUAUGGAGGCCUGAACGCACCUCUGGGCUUUGGAUGAAUGAGGUUACCGUUGGUGAAUUGAGCCAUUCUGCUUUAGGGUUUUAUGGAGGUCAAUGGGGCCCUAAAGGAGAGUCUAUUCUUGCACAUGGAUAUGGUGGGUCUUUCCAUCUAUGGGUGAAUGUUGGGGGGGAAUCUGAAGAUUGGCAGCCUCAACUGGUUCCAUCUGGCCACAGUGCAGCAGUGACCGACCUUAGAUGGUCUAAAUCUGCCAAGUUUUUGCUGUCGGUUAGUCAUGAUCAGACAGCUCGUAUUUUUGGUCCAUGGGAAAGAGAGAAAUGUCUCGGAAAACGAGCUUUAUGGCAUGAAAUAGCUCGUCCACAAGUUCAUGGUCAUGAUAUUAACUGUGUUACUAUUGUUCAAGGAAAAGGUAAUCAUCUAUUUGUUAGUGGAGCAGAUGAAAAAGUUGCAAGAGUGUUCGAAGCUCCUCUGUCCUUUUUGAAGACAUUACACCAUGGGCUUUUGGGCAGCUCAGUCUGCAUGGAAGAUACAAAUGAAGAAAUCCAAAUUCUAGGUGCAAAUAUGUCUGCUCUUGGGCUGUCUCAAAAGCCCGUUUAUAUUCAAGCUGCAAAUACUGCUGUGGACAAAUCCACUGCCAAUGGAGCAGAUAAACUAGAGACCAUUUUGGAUGCAGUUCCGAUUGCCCUGACAUCACCUCCUAUUGAGGAACAACUAGCUUGGCAUACACUAUGGCCUGAAUCGCACAAGCUUUAUGGUCAUGGGAAUGAACUGUAUUCUUUAUGCUGUGAUCAUGGAGGAAAGCUAAUAGCUUCAGCAUGCAAGGCCCAAUCUGCCCAUGUCGCAGAAAUAUGGCUUUGGGAGGUUGGAUCAUGGAAGGUGAUGGGCCGCCUGCAUUCCCACAACUUGACUGUGACACAGAUUGAAUUUUCACAUGACGACCGCUUCCUUUUGGCUGUCUCGCGAGAUCGACAUUUCUCUGUGUUCUCCAUUGAGAAUUUAGGAGAAGAUCGGGUAACUCAUCAGCUUCUUGCAAAGCAUGAGGCCCACAAAAGAAUAAUUUGGGCGUGUUCAUGGAACCCCAUUGGCCAUGAAUUUGCGACUGGUUCGAGGGACAAGACCGUGAAGAUAUGGGGACUCACGAAAAGCUCUUCAGAAGAAGCUUUUUGUGUAAAACAAGUGAUGAGGUUGCCUCCAUUUAAGAGCAGCAUCACUGCUCUGUCAUGGUACACUCCAGCAAGCAAUGGAGUUGGGUUCUUGGCCAUUGGCAUGGAGCAUGGAUUGAUCGAAUUGUGGAGCGUGAACUGCCCUUCUAGUGCAUUGCCGGCCUUGAGACUAGACCCUUUUCAGUGUCAUGUUGCUACAGUGCAUCGUCUCUCAUGGAGGAGCUUGGGUGAGAGUGAAGAUUGCCAUUCUCUCGAGUUGGCUUCUUGUGGGGCAGACCAUACCGUAAGAGUGUUCACUGUGAAAAUUGCUUGAUGAUGGAGUGCUUUCAGUUACCAGAAGAUUUGAUUCCUUUCUAGAGUAUUUUUAAAUGCUGAUUGAUAGUUAGACAAAAGUAAUUAUUGCACCAUUUUCUUCGUGUUAGUAUCAUUGUCUCCAACGAGCAGCAUUUUUUGUGGAUAAUAUAAAUUCGUUCUUGCUUGUUAGAAGCCAA